AUGGCCCAAUAUGAAUCACGGUGUAAGAGGAACGACGACACUUUGAUGUCCCAAACUAAUUUUAUCGACCACCCUCCCUUUGGUGCUGCGCAGACCUUGGAGCGAGGGCGCGCUGCUGAACCGUCACUUGGAGUGCCACGGAGACUGCCCCAUGAGUUGUGGGAACAACAGUUAACUGCUCAUCUCCUCCGUCUGAAGGAACUUCAACUUGAGCGAAUUUCUCUUGUGGAGAAGAGCUCGCAGUGCCUCCUAAGAGAGAAGUGGAUGCGCAUUGCCACGCAAAAACUCAGGGAAGCGACCUCACGCACCACCGCAUUACGGCACAGGCUUCAACAAUUGCUGACAGAAGGAACACCUGCAUGCACCGAGGAAGGUGCACUUCAGACAAACCACUUUUCCUCUUUCCAUUGCCUCCCGCCGGUGGACAUUACUGCGCUGUGUUCACUUAUAGUCUCAUGCUCCGCAAACGUGGAGGUUUUGACCAGCCGACUUCAGAGAGUGAUGGGGACCAUUUCUGAGGGUGAAGCCUCCAAUUCCCUUUUUUCUCUCUCUUCUUCCUUGAUGCAAAUCUUGCCGCGUUGGAUUCAGUAUAAUUACAUCUCCGUGUUCUUCUCGCGUUAUCUGCAAAUGGCUUUCACUCUUGCGGCAUUGCAGCUUCAACGUUCCGUUGAUGAAAAAAUAAAGGAAUAUAAUUUACAAGAGAAGCAGGAAGUUCAACAUCGACGAGAGGAGCGUCAGCGCGCACGGGAAGCACGACGCAUGCAGUUAAUUAGAGCCAAAGAACGUCUUGAAAGAACAGAAAAGCAUGCAUUUGAAAUACGCAAACGCAUCUUUCUUCUGCAUGAAUGGAUCACAGGGAAACGACGCUUGCCGACUGGACAACUACUAAACCCCGUCAUGUGCACUGAAGUACUGUAUCGCAUACGGGCAGACCUGGCCAUGGGGGAAAUGGACUUUCUCCUACAACUAACGGCUGACAAUGGACGAGCACUAAUCCACACGGCAGCAUAA